CAGGCGGCGAGGACCAUCCAGCGCGCGCUGCGGCGGCGGUGGCACCUGCGGCGGCUGGCGGAGGCGCGCGCGUGGGCGGACGCGAUGCAGCGCAAGCUGAGGUGCGUGUGCGAGCGCGCGCGAGCCUCGCUGACACGCUGUUCGCGCUGGGCUGCGGGCGGCUGUUCGAGGGCAGCCCGCAGCAGAUGUGGGCCUCGCUCAGCCAGCUGACGCCGCUGCCGGACGACACGCUGGUCUACUGCGCGUACGAGUACACCCAGUCCAACGCCAGGUUCGCGGUGACGGUGGACCCGGCCAACAGCGCGCUGGCGGAGGGCAAGGCGGCUAUUGACGCGGCGCGGGCGCGGGGCGAGCCCACCGUGCAUAGCCGCCUGGGUGAUGAGAAGGCGACCAACCCCUUCCUGCGCCCCCACGACCCAGCCAUUCGCCAGCAGCUGGGCUUUGACGCCGCCGCGCCCGACUGGCAGGUGUUUGGCGCCAUCCGCGCGGCCAAGGACCGCUUCUGAAGUAAUGGAUUGGCCUGGAUUGUCGAGUAGCCCGUGACGCGCGCUCUUUCAGGUGUACGGCUGAUGGGAUUUGAACUUGCAGUGGGUGCACGCAUUGAGAGGAGUGCUCGUGUGCAUGAGGAAUUGAGGAUAGCAUCGCGCAUUGUGGGGGAUGUUGAGGGAGGGGCGUUCGAGUGUGUGCUUGACCAAGGUGUCGGCUUGCGCAGUUGCAGGGUGCAAUGAGGGCUGAUGUCACUUUGGUCCAGGGGCAUGAGAGGAAGCGAGACUGUGUAUGUGUCAGCGCCGGGCUGGCGCACCUGGUACUGUUGUACGCUGAUGGACACGUCGAAGCCAUAGUGCCCAGAUUGUGUCAGUACGCCAUGCUCAUGCCAGUAAGGUCUACACACCAAGCCUUAUACCCUGUAUCCAAGCGUCCAUCGCUGAUGAGUAAUGGAAACCUGCCGCAUACUGCACUGAAGGGCAAGGUGUCGUCAUCGUCCCGUAGUGCGUGUGACGCCCAAACCUGUGCCAGCAACUCAAUUGAGGGCAUGUGGCGCGAGCAUUGGUUCGUGCGCGGCUGACAUUUCUGCACAGUACACAAGUGGCCGCGCUGUGCUGGUGGCUGGAUUGGAGCUGACGCGCGGCCCUUACGCUCCAGAAAGCUCCGAGAACAGCCUAUUAUGCUGUCGACACGAGUGCUUCAGGCCAGUGUGGGUGACGUGUCAUUGCGGUGCGCACGAGGCGGCUGGCGUUGGGAGCUUGUUUGUGCUGGCGAUGCCGGGGAGGCAUUUCACGUGGCUCUGGCAACUGCGGAUGUGGCCAAAUCGUAUCGUA